AUGCUUCGAACAGCCACACGUAUAAAACGUAUCUCAACCAUUCCCCGUAUCCUACUCAGAUUCAAUUCCACCAAUGUACGUGAUCCAGUAACAAUCAUCCCCACAAUCUAUGAACUAACCAAUUCCAAAACUCUUUCCGCCGAGACUGAUUCUUCAUUAUUAGCCUAUCUCAGAUCUCGUCACCUUGUUGAAUCCCAAACUAGUGAGAAAUUAUUCGAAUUAACAAAACCAGACAGUUCACAACAAUUUAAAUUAUAUUGUGGAGCUGAUCCCCUGGCCGCAAGUCUUCAUCUUGGGAAUUUAUUGCCACUUAUGAUCCUCCUUCAUUUCAACCUUAGGGGACACGAUGUGGUUGGAUUGGUAGGUGGAGCGACUGGACAGAUUGGGGAUCCGAGCGGGAGAUUGACUGAACGAAGUCAGAUGAAGAGUGAUACUCGUGAGACGAAUGUUGAAAAGAUUCAAGGACAACUUGAGAGAUUUUUAAAUAAUGGGAUUGAGUAUGCCAAGUCAAGAUCGUUCCCACAAGCUAAAGAGGCAAAGGUUGAGAUUAUGAAUAAUAAAACCUGGUGGGCACCUAUUAAGAUGUUGGAUUUCUUGGCUGAAUAUGGAAGAUUUAUUAGAAUAUCAUCAAUGUUAGCCAGAGACUCUAUUUCUUCAAGACUUGAGAAUACCGAAGGAGGAGGACUUGGAUUUAAUGAAUUUACCUAUCAGAUUCUUCAGGCCUAUGAUUUCUGGCAUCUCUAUCGUCAGCAUGGCGUGAACCUUCAAGUUGGAGGCAAUGAUCAAUGGGGAAACAUCACCGCUGGAAUUGACUUAAUUGGUAGAUUACAACAUCAUUAUAAAAUAAAACCAGAACCCGUAUUCGGAGUCACGGUACCAUUAUUAACAACCCCCACUGGAGAGAAAUUCGGAAAAUCAGCCGGAAAUGCAGUAUUCAUCGACGAACGUUUGACAACCCCGUAUCAAAUGUAUCAAUAUUUUAUCCAUACCCCUGAUGAAAUGGUCGAGAAACUCCUCAAAAUAUUCACACUUUUGCCAUUAUCAGUCAUCGAACAGGAAAUCAUGCCACGCCAAGAGCAAGACCCUGGUGUAAGAUUAGCCCAACGUGUCCUAGCUCGAGAAGUUGUUGAUUUGAUUCAUGGUGUCGGCACUGGGGAUGAAAUGGCAUUCGUAACUGGGUUUUUAUUCCCAACCCCAGAUCAACCAUAUAAUAACGUUGUUAGUGCUGAGAAAUUGAUUAAAAUAUUCCGGAAAUCAGGUAUUUUGGUCACGAUAAAACUUGAUGAAUUAGAUCCAGAAAUUAGAUUGAGUAAAUUGUUAGCUAAGAUCACCAAAAAAUCUAAUCGUGAGAUGAGACAAUUGAUUAAAUCGGGUGGGGUAUAUUUGGGAUUGGAAAGAGAUCAAUUUGAAGAUCCUGAUGAUGUGGUUUUGUUUGAUCCAAAACAUCAUUUGAUUGAAGAGAAGAUGAUGUUGGUUAGAGUGGGGAAACAGAAUUAUUCUGUGGUUGAAUUUGUAUAG